AUGGGCGCACAAAUAGCCCCCAAAUCCCCGGCUUCUCACCUCCGGCUCCUCCUCGCCCAGCGUGACGGUCCUCCCAUCCUUCUCGGCGGUGCCCACGAUGCCCUGUCCGCCAAGCUGACACAGGAAGCUGGCUUCGACGGCAUCUGGGCCAGCGGAUUUGGGAUCAGUGCCGUGCAAGGCGUUCCAGACGCCAACAUCCUCAGUAUGACUGAGACCAUCGACGCCAUGGCAGGUAUGGCCGCUGCUGUGCCUGAGGUGCCUAUGCUAGCAGACGUGGAUGGGGGCUUUGGUAACGCGGUCAAUGUGAUACGCACCGUGCAGCGCUGUGAGCGGGCGGGGCUGGCCGGAGUGUGUAUCGAGGAUAACAUCUUUCCCAAGCGGUGCAGCUUCUACGACUCAGUCCAGCGGGCUCUUGUGCCCAUUGAUGAACACGUUGGCAAGAUCCGAGCAGCUGUGGCCACCCGCAAGGACCCGGACUUCGUUGUGGUCGCGCGUACUGAGGCGCUCAUUGUGGGCGCCGGGAUCGAGGAAGCAUUGCGCAGGGCCAGGGCGUAUCGGGAUGCCGGGGCGGAUGCGUUGUUGGUGCAUUCCAAACGACCCGAUUUUGGUGAGCUCCGGGAAUUUGCCAAGCGCUGGUCCGCCAGUGGCCAGGAUAAGGAACCCGAUGGUCAGACACAGCAUUGUCCCCUUAUUGCCGUCCCAACGACCUACGGUAUGACCUCCGCAGAAGAGCUCGCGGACGCAGGUUUUCGUGUCAUUAUCUUUGCCAAUCAGGCGCUGAGGGCAGCAGUGAGAGCCAUGAGGCAAGUUUUGGCAGACUUGAAGAGAGAGGUCCGGCCAGCUGCGGUUGAAGGUUGUAUCGCGACACUGCCAGAGAUAUAUAAAUUAGUCGGGGUGCCGGAAUUAGUCGCCAACGAGGCUGAGUUUCUACCUACUACUCCGAAAACAUGA